CCAGUGGAAGAUCACUGAGAGAGCAGCAGAGGCAGGAAGCUCAACGCUGCAGGGCCUAUAACUUACCAUAGGUUUCAGUGCAUCAACACAUUUUCGUUGGGUUUCCUUCCUCUUGUGUGCUGCUUGUGUGGUGUGGUGUGUAAACGAUGUGUGAGUGCCGUCAGUAGGCCUGUGUUUAGAUCAGUUUAGAAAUGGAAGAAGAUCAAGUGUCCAAUCAGGAUUCUUCUCAAGCGGCAGAUGUGAAGAGGCCUAAAUCUGAAAUGAAGCGAUACAGUGAGAUCUUCAGAGAAUUUGACAGUCUUGAUCUGUCCUUAAUCCCCUCUGCAGAGGAGGAUCUGCUGGCUGACACUGACUCACUGUCGCUCUCAGAAUCAAUCACUGGCUCAGAACCUACAGACCAACACGAUGAGUCUAGUGAAGACCUGAUCUGUCCACAGGCCACUGACGCAGAUGGAUGCUUAUCAGCCCAGGAUGCAGACCUGGCACUGUGUCACUGUCAGAAUGGAGUGGAGACAGCACUGCAGUACGCCAAGAUGUGGUGCCGCUAUGCCAAAGAUCUACUCACUUGGAUGGAGAAGAGGAUCAACUUGGAACAAGAAUUUGCAAAGAAUGUGAUGAAGACAGCUGAAGGAGCAAAAGCCACAGUAGUGUCUCAGGAAAUGAUGCCUUUGAACCACAUCUACACCAUGGCACUGGAGCAGGACAUCAAGAACAGUUUGACCUUGAGAAAGACCACCGAGCUGCUGCAGAACCGUUGCUACCAAGCCUUGGCUGCCAAGAAGAAUGAGAUCGACAAGUGGCGCAGAGAAUUUAAAGAACAGUGGUCGAGGGAACAGAGGAGGAUGAAUGAAGCAGUGACAGCCUUUAGAAAGGCCCGACACCAGUACUUUCAGCGGUGUGAAGAGCUGGAGAAGUUGAAAGUCAUCUCUGCUAAAGCUAUAGAUGAUUCACUGGGAAUCAAAACGCUGGACAAGAGGAGGAAGUCUAAAGACGAAGCCCAGACCAAGGUGGUGGAGGCCGAGCUUUUGUACAGACAGUGUAUAACUGACGCCAAGAGCCACCAGGAGGAGUUGGUGAAGGUCAAAGAGAGAAUUAUUUCUCACACUCGCAAACUCAUCUGUCAAGGAGACACUGUGCUCAAAGAGGCUACUGUCAACAUGUUUUACUACCAGCGGCAGCAGACAGAGCCUGUUCCCCUCGGCUUCUAUAACCUGGAGGUCACCUGCAGGGCUCUGGAGCCAGGAGAACAAUACCUUCUGUACAUUCUUAGCAAGCCCCGACACCAGCAACCUUUCCAAGUCUUUAACUUCCAGGAGUAUAUCCCUCAGGGCAAAGGGAACAAACGCAGAACCAGCAGUGGCCUCAGCUCUCUGCAGGAUUCUUCACCUCUGACCUCUGAUGGCAGGAAAACAGGUUACAGUGACUCUGAAAGUUUUAGUGGAAGCCUAGAGUCUCUGUCCAGUCCUGCUCACGUUAACAGGAGGCUUCCUAAAUCAGCAUCCACAUUAACAGUGUCGUCUGAUGACCUGGAUGAGCGGGAUAUGGCAGAGUCAGAUUACACGGACAGUCAGCCAGUCAAAACUCUGUCCAGAGCCGCACUGACACAUCGGCUCAGAAAGAUGAAGAGCAAAAUGGUCAAAUGCAAGCACUGUGAGGUCUACAUUGUCGUCAGUGGAGUGGAAUGCGAGGAGUGUGGAAUGGCUCUGCACAGGAAGUGCAUGGAGGUGUCUCAGUUGGAGUGUGAGCACAAGAAGGGCACCGUGUUUGGAGUCGACAUGUCCUUGUUAAUAAAUGACAGCUCCGACCAUGUGCCCUUUGUGGUGCAGCGCUGCACAUCUGAGAUUGAAAGUCGCGCCCUGUCAGUCCAGGGGGUCUAUCGUGUAAGUGGGUCCAAGCCUCGCAUCCAAAAACUCUGUCAGGCCUUUGAGAUUCAAAAGGAGCAGGUAGACCUUUCUGACCUUUCACCCCAUGACAUCACAUCAAUCCUGAAGCAUUUCUUUAAAGAGCUUCCGGAGCCGUUGCUGACCUUUGACCUAUACAAUGACUUCAUAGCUUUAGGAAAGACCAUCCAGCACCUGAGAGAAGGGGAGCAGACAUCUGACACUAAUGUGAUAAUGAACAUUAUCAGCAACCUUCAACAACUACUACAAAAGCUUCCCUCUUAUUGCUACAGCACGCUGCAGCAUUUGAUGUUCCAUUUACAGAAAGUGUCGGAGAACCAUGACAACAAAAUGUCCCCGAACAAUUUGGGCAUAGUGUUCGGACCCACGUUAUUGCGCCCUCUUGUGUCUACAGACGUUUCAAUGAUUGCCCUGCUGGAGACAGCUUACCAGGCUGAGCUCAUUGAGUUUCUCAUCACACACCACGGCACGGUCUUCGGCCUUCAGGAGAGACCCAGUACACCCCCUCCCCCGGUCCCCACUGCACCCCUCCCAGACACCCCUCCAAGGGCUUCCUGUCCACUGGAAAGCAACGCUUGUCACCAAAGUCCAGAACGUGAACACGCCUUCAAAGAGCGCCCGCGGUCACUAGAAAGUCAAACAUUCAAGAGAGAGUCAAGCGAAGGUUAUAUUUCUGACAAGUCGUCAUCCAGUGAGGCAGUGGACCAACUCAGCCCUGAACCCAGUGAGAGAGCAGUCUUGGCUGUAAGACGGGAAACAAGAAGUCUUCGGGAUGAACUGGACUGUGAUUUGAUGACACAGCCACGUCACUGUUUCAACAGAAAGCCUGUUAGGUAUCACUGGCACCCUACCCCUGGAACCCAAAUCUCAAAUCCAGGAUGUGCAACAGAACAGCCAGCAGCUGCAGUGACAGGAACUCCAGGGAGUGCUGAGAGCAGCCGCAGCUCUUCUCCAGAUUCUGGGAUCCCAAGUCAGAAUAAACUGGAUGUUCCAUCAAAUCCUUGUGAGGUUUCACAGUUUAUGUUGGGAUUGGAGUCGACUGGGAAAUCGUCUGGUACAACAACAAUGUCUUCUCAGAAGGAUACAGCAGGGGAUCGGGCUCAUCUGAACACAAACAUGUCCAAUAACAGACAGAGUGCUGGACACUGUCACUCACCAAAGACAAACCUGACCUCACCCGCCCAGAAGAUCCUGUCUGGUCUAAAACUGAGACGUAGACACUCAGGGAAGGAAGAGCAGCUCUUUGUCUGAUAUCAGUCUGUCAUUCUGGAGGUCUGUGGACUCCAACGAACAACAACAUACAAGCAGCUGUCAGUGUUUAAUCUCUCCCAGCCUUUGCCAUAAUAAUAAUAAUAAUAAUAACCCAAUUGAAAAUGUCAGGUAUGCUGCCAAAACAUUUUUCUUUCCUUAAUCAUCUUCAUGUAUUUAUUUAGUUUUAAUACUUCUACUGCAUUUCAGUGUAACCAGUUACAGACGGAAGGUGGAAAAGUUGUGUAAAGUCGCACUAGUUGUUCAAAUUUCUGUCCAGCAGUAAAUAUCAUAAAAAACAUAACUAAUUCAU